GCUAUUUAUGCCUGACUGAAAGUAAUUGAAGCCAUCAGUUGUUCAACUCCUCAACAGCAGUCAACAUGAAACUUAUCAUCAUCGCCGCUUUCUUGGCCAUCGCUGCCGCUGUUCCAUCCAGCUACAAGCCGGAGUACAAAGCUCCAAGCUACUCUGCACCAAGCUACCCUGCACCAAAGUACCCAGCACCAGCCUACCCCGCACCAGCCUACCCCGCACCAGCCUACUCUGCACCAGCCUACUCCGCACCAGCCUACUCCGCACCAGCCUACUCCGAUAACAAAUACGCCGACAUCACCAUCACCAGCCAAUCCGAUGAGCGCAACAUCGAUGGCAGCAGCCAGUGGAGCUAUGCCCAGUCAGACUACACCACCCGCGAAGAAUCUCAGGUACAGAAGAAGAUACAAGGAGUCAUCUACGAUUCUUACGGGAAAGAAUCGUACGGUGAAGUCUUCGGCAACACCAACAAGGGAUCUUCCUACUGGAUCUCCCCCGAAGGCGACAAGUUCACUUUGACCUGGGCUGCCGAUGAGGCUGGUUUCCAACCCAAAGGAGAUCACUUGCCCGUCGCUCCCGUCCACGAAUACGAACUCCCAGUCGCUCCCGUCCAUGAAUAUGAGCUCCCAGUUGCUCCCGUUCACAUCCCCUUCAAUGGAAAGGGUUACAAGAUCUACUAGAUUUCCCGACACGCGAUUGAAUAUUAAAAACAUGUCCUAUAAUUUAUGUCUGUAUAUCGAACGCUUGGUGUAAAUAUCAAUGCAAUCAACGCAAGAAAA